CACACACACAUACUUGCAGGCAACACACACACACACACACACACCAAAACAAAAAACUCAGGUGUUUCAGUGUUGAGGACCACUGCAGUAGCUGGCAGUCGGGGAGAAAUUAACAGGUAUUAGAAGAAACCAAAACGGGUAUAUCUAAGUAUAUCUAAUUCAAGACCGAUUCAGUAACUCAUCCCACAGUUAAAAAGCCACUAACACUUUUGGGGAGAAAAUAUAGGUGACCUCAUGUGGCAGUCUCCAAAGUAAAUAAAAGGUUAAACCCGUGUCAUAAACUUAGAAUCCGUUAUCUUCAUUUGCAGUAGUGUUAUCUGAAGACCUGUUAGGACCUGUUAGAGAGCGGUUAAUCACUGGCCAUUACCUCCUCCUUGCCCAUCCUUGCCCACCCUGGGUCUCCCUCUCCGGACCCCGCCUCCCACCCGGAUCGCCUGGAUCAUUCCUGGUGGACUGAACCUAGGAGACCCUGGAGCGGCCACCUAAGGCCUUUUCCUUGCAAGGCGAUGUUGGGGUUGUUGCCUUGGGAACAGGUGGAGGCUGGCGGGUGUGCUGCUGCUUUGCCUAGGCGACAGCGGGGCCGGUAGUACCUUCCGAGGGGCGGUGACGCGAAGGUCCCGCUGGGCAAAGCACCUGCUCUGAUUGGCUCGUAACUCAUACUCGCUCCUCACUUGCCAGUAGAAACCAGGUCCUCUGUGCAUAUGCGCACGGAGACUAACACAGAGUCCGGCUCCGCAGGGGUGAGUCCUAAGGCUGGGGUGCAAAGGAAGAACGGUUACCAAGAUAGAGGAGAUCUCUCUUGUCAGCUCCCAAAAGACCCUUCAAAACAAGAAUGCCAUCACCCCUGGGUCCCCCACACCUGUCUGUGAAGGACCCCAAGACCACCCUUGAGGAACCAGAGGCUGCUCGGCUGCGAUUCCGAUGGUUUUGCUAUGAGGAGGUAGAGGGACCCCGAGAGGCACUGGCCCAGCUUCGAGAGCUGUGUCACCAAUGGCUGCGGCCCGAGUCAUGUUCCAAAGAGCAGAUGAUAGAGCUGCUGGUUUUGGAGCAGUUCCUGGGUGUGUUGCCCCCUGAGAUCCAGGCCUGGGUGCGAGGGCAGCGACCAGGAGGCCCUGAGGAGGCUGCAGCUCUCGUUGAAGGGCUGCAACAUGACCCUGGGCAGCUUCUGGGCUGGAUCACAUCCCACAUCCUGAAGCCAAAGAUGCCUCUUACAAUCCAGAAAUCAGAGAAGUCCUUGGGGAGCCACCAUGUCUCAGUGACAGUUGAGUCCUCUGAGACAGAUCCUGCAGAAGGACCACAGGUUGCCAGGAUAGAUGGGUCCACCCAGCUCAGCUGCAGUGUGAAAGAGGAACCCAGUACUGAUGAGCAGGCUAUGGACUCAUCUCCCAGCCCCCUUCUUCCAGCCCAGUCCCUCAAGGGACCUCUUAGAAUCGAGGAACCAGAGUCCACAUCCUUCCAUCCAGGAAGUAUUCAGAAGGAACGGGGCCUGUCGGAGUCAUCACAGAAAGAGCUGUACUGGGACGUGCUGCUGGAGAAAUACAGCACAGUGCUGUCCCAGGCAGGCCUUCUGUCCCAAGAGCCUGAGGCACUUGCUGAGUCUGAGCUGAAGACUCACACUGAAGAGCAGGAGACCCCACACACAGAGCCUGAGACCCACAGGAGCCACCUCCCAGGACUGGGAGCCAUUUCGGGGCCUGGGCUUGGCCAGACCUGCAUGUCCACUUCAGGUGAAAGCCAGAGCCCUUUCGAGGACCUGCCGGGCUUGUCCCCCAUGCCAUUGCCUAAAGCCCAGGUUGGGCCGGCACCACGGAAACCCUAUACCUGUGAGCAUUGUGGCCUCAGCUUCGACUGGAAAUCCGUUUUUAUCAUCCACUACCGCAUGCACACAGGUGGGCCAGGCCUGGAGAGGCCACCACAGGUGUCCCAAGAGCGGGCCAUGUGGCGCUCCACCUACCCUCAGAGCUAUGCAUGCGAGGAGUGUGGACGCAGCUUCAGCUGGAAGUCACAACUGGUCAUUCACCGUAAGAGCCAUGCCAGCCAGCUGCGCCACUUCUGCGGGGACUGUGGAUGCGGCUUUGACUGGAAGUCUCAACUGCUUAGCCAUAGGAAGAACCACCGCCCCAAGGUCCCAUAAGCACCUGACAGGGCUGCUAUACCACAGCCAGUGCAGCCUUCCAGGCAUCCCCUCCAUCCAAAAGAAGUCAGCGGAGCCAACCAAGUGAGGCAGGACUCUUUCUUUUUUUUCUUUUUUUUUUUUUUAAGAUUUAUUUAUUAUUUUAUGUAUGUGUGUGUCUGUGUGUAUGUAUGUGCACAUAUGUGUGAGUAUGCCCAAAGACGUCAGAAAGGGGUGUCACAUCCCUUGGGGCUAGAGUUAUAGGUGGUUAUGAGCUGAUUGACAUGGGUGCUGGAAUUCCAACUGUCAUCCUCUGAUAGAGCAGCAAGUGCUGCGACCAUUGAGCUAUCCCUCCA